AUUUUCCCUUGCGAUCGCAGCCUGCUCUUUGUUGUCUCCCUUGAGCUUACUAUAUUUCCAUCAGACCUACCUUUACAGUCAAUUGUUGCGCGCCCGAAAUCCUUUGUUGCCGUAAUAACCCCAAAUCAACCCACCAUGAAUCGAGCCCUCUCCAUCCGGUCCCGCAAGAAGGACGACCAUGCCAAAGAAGCAUCCAAGCACACAUUCUCCAUUUCCACCUUGCGUGGAAUGCAACAAGCUGAGCUCUCGAAAAAGCUGUACAAGUUGAUCAAGACCGAAAAUCAUGCUAUUGGUGCCUACGAGACCGCCGGUCGUGAGCGUCUGUCCAUUGCCUCACAAUUGUCUGAUUGGGGCGAGUCCACCAACGACGAUGCGAUCUCGGACAUCUCGGACAAGAUUGGGGUGAUUCUUUCGGAGAUAGGAGAACAGGAAGAUCUCUUUGCGCAGAAUCUCGAGGACUACCGAUCCAUCCUGAAGCAGAUCAGAAACAUUGAAAGCAGUGUACAGCCGAGCAGAGACCAGAAGGCCAAAAUCAGCGAUGAGAUCCAGAAGCUCAAGUACAAAGAACCGACGAGCCCAAAGCUAGUCACUCUCGAGCAGGAACUGGUGCGCGCCGAGGCACAGAACUUGGUCGCUGAGGCGCAACUCACCAAUAUUACUCGGCAAAAGGUCAAGGAGGCAUACGACUUGCACUUUGCUGCCACCAUCGAGCGAGCAGAGAAACAGCUCAUCCUUGCCAAAUAUGGUCGCCGGCUGGUGAACUUGCUUGACGACACUCCCGUUGUGCCAGGAGACGUGCGCCAACCAUUUGAGCAUAGCAACGAGGCCCGACAAAUCCUCUCUGAGGCCGAGGCCGAGCUGCAAGCAUGGGAACCCCAUCUUGAGCCUAUCCACUCCAACGCCGGCGGACUUGGAUCAAACCUGAUGCCGACGGGCGAGACAAGUACCCGCGCCACUUCUGAUCUUGACACCGCAGAACCAACCUCUGCUGCGACCACCGAGAAGCCGGCCGCGGAGGCCCAAGGAACGCAUUUGGAGGCGGCCACCGCCUAGAAGGUGGAGGCCUGGCAUGCAAAGCAAAGGGUGGAGACUGAGAAGGAGAAGGAGUGGGAUGAGAACAAGUGAUGGGAGACUCUGUUAACCUGGUUAUUUGGUUUUCUUUUCUGCUCUCCUAUGAUUUCAGGUUUCCUGUGAUUUCAGGUCCAUGGCAGGUGGGGGGAUAGGAGUGAGCAUGAGGAGACUGCUCGUUUUCUUGAUAGUAACCCAGGAGUUUGAUGACUGUUUCCUAUAUCCACAAAUACAUCAUCAGUUAGUUAAUUUUCUAAUCACCACGAUCGAUUCUGCCAUGCCAG